AUGGUAGGCACUGCAGUUGUUGUUACUGGUGUUGUUUUGGCUCCCGUUGUAAUUAAAGGAGCAGCAUUGGCGUUAGGAUUUUGCAAAGAUGGCAUCGUUGCUAAUUCGAAUGCAGCAUGGAUGAUGUCGUUAUAUAAUGGAAAUGUCACUUCUAAUAGCAUCGUGGCGAUUUUACAAUCGGCUGGUGCAACAAGUUUAAGUAUUGAGACAAUGAUUGCUGCUAGUUCUGUAUUUGGUAUUUCUGCUUGGUAUAUUGCUAAAGAAAUGCUAAAUACUUUAGAUUCAAAAAAAGUCGCUGUUGAUAAUAGCAUGUUAGCGAUGUUACAAUCGGUUGGUGCAGUAGGAUUAGGUAUUGCUGCUAGUUAUGGAAGUGGUGUUUUUGGUGGGAAUAUUUCUAAAUCAAUGCAAAAUACAUUAGAUUCAAAAAAAGCAGAAUUGAAAGAAUUGGAAAAUUUUGUAUCCAUUAAUGAAAGUGAUGAUGGCAUAAAUGAAAAAAAUAUUUUGAACAAAAAAGUGAUUUUUGACAUGAAACAACAGCUUCUUGAUAUUGAUGAGAAUGAAAAAUUAAAAUCAUUUCUUAAAGGGUUUGAAGUAGCUCGGGAUGAUUCUAAAGACAGAGCAAAGAAAUUCGAAUUUUUGGUUAUUAGAGAUUAUGAAAGAUUUUAUAAAGGUAGCAAUAUUUUAAGGAAAUUAGUAUUUUUUUUUGAUAAAGAUAGAGAAAAACUUUUUAGAGGAUCCAAUUUUUUGCAUCAAUAUUUGAUUGAUACCCACGGAAAUGAUCAUGUUACUUUGGAAAAUAGAAGUAUCUUUCUGAAUUUAAAUAAUCCUUGA